AUGAAAGAUCAGAGAUUAAAAAACGAGAGCUGGGAUAGGUUUCUACCUACAUUCAAAAGUAAAAAUGUCCCAAGGAAACAACCUAAGAAGAAAGUUGAAAAGAAACCGUACACACCUUUCCCACCUCCACAACCAGAAAGUAAAAUUGAUCGUGAACUCGCUACUGGUGAAUACUUCCUUAAGGAUGAACAUAAGAGGGCUAAGAGACGUCACGAAAAAGAAGAAAAGCAAGCACAAGUUAAACGUGCCAAACAAGAACAACGGCAGAAAGACUUUAUACCACCUGAAGAGAAACAAACUACUAGUGAAAACCAGACAGAAACUGCAGUAGACAUAAACCAAUUUAAAUCAAAGAUGAAGAAGCUGUCCAAACAACAAAAAGGUUCUAAACUAAAAAAGGCAGAAAUAUAA